AAAAAAAAAAAGAAAGAAAGAAAGAAAGAAAGAAAGAAAUAUAGUCCUACAUUUUCUCAAAAGUCUCUCAAGGACAGUCAGGUUGCUGUUAAAAUCAAAAUAUUCACUGGACUGCCCAUGAGCCACCACUCACGGUAAACAAAUGCAUUUACUUUGUCAGCAUUUCCAACUCUGCUGUCACGCCUUCUGGAGAACUCAGGUAGAGAUGCUUGCAGGCUGUUUCUGGAAUGUGUAUUUACCGACAUUUCAAAGUGAAAGCUCUUAUCCUUUCCCCUUUCUCGCAUCCACCACAACCCCUAAAAAGCCCCAUAUUCCCACAUGCCCGGGCGCAUGGCCCCUGUCCGUCAUCAGUCAGGGUGGGGUAAGUUAUGACAAACAGCGUAAUAGUGCGGCUCACAUUUGUUAAGUAUUUCCCCUUUACGAAGGGCUCUCCCUUCAGCCUUUGGGACUGUUCUCUAUUUUAGGAUUGAGAAAACAAGUUUAGGCAGACAAGUUCAUGGCGGCUGGAAUGGAAGCAUGAGGGUGGGACACUGCUCUACUGCUCCAUAUUCUUGCUGGAUUAAGAUAAUCCCAGCACUUGGGAGGCAGAAGUUGGAGGAUCUGUGAGUUCAAGGUCAGCCUGGUCUACAGAGUGGUUCCAGGACAGUCAGAGCUGUUACACAGAGAAACCUUGUCUUGAAAAACAAAACGAAACAAAAAGGGGGGAAGGAGGCAAUAAGCUCUCUGUCUACCAAGAGCAGAACUUAAAAAACCCCCCACGCCUCUGCCUGCUUUUCCAUCACUCUCCACCCAGCUGCAGGAGUGGUUGCCAGGCCCUAGCAGAGUCUACUGUGCUGCAGGCAUGCAUUGCCAGAUAACCGGCUUCUGCAUUUUUUUUCCUUUCAAAGGAAACACAGUAGUUUGGCACCAGCCCUGCCACUUCUGAUUUAAUAGUACCUGCCCCCAAAUGCGAUGCCAUCCCAAGUCAAAACCUCCUUGAAAUUCUUUCCCGCAGAAUUUACCCCGCUUUCUGUGUCACGUGAAGGCACUCUCUGUGAUGUUAUUGUUUCCUAUGACAUUUUCCCAUUUAGACCCCAGGGGUAGCGCUCAGAAGGCACAGGGACAUUAUUGGGUUCACCUCUCUCCUUCUCUUGUGCUUUUUCCAUUGGUUUAGGUAUUGUUAGAACUCAGAGGGUAGCUCACACACAUCUCCUUUAUCCACAUUUCAUACCUCAGCAAGAACUAGUUGCUCAGAUGGGUCCUUACAGAGAUCAGAGCUCCGAGGAAUGGGACCCAGGACAGAGAAAUGCAGCGUGACUUUCCCAGGGCCAUGAUUUUCAGCACCGACGAUUUUUUCUUCAGGGAAGAUGGUGCCUAUGAGUUCAACCCGGACUUCUUGGAGGAAGCUCAUGAGUGGAACCAGAAGCGAGCAAGGAAAGCAAUGCAGAAUGGCAUAUCCCCCAUUAUUAUUGAUAACACCAACCUGCACGCCUGGGAAAUGAAGCCCUAUGCAGUCAUGGCACUUGAGAAUAACUAUGAAGUUAUAUUCCGAGAACCCGACACUCGCUGGAAAUUCAACGUUCAAGAGUUAGCAAGAAGAAACAUCCAUGGAGUCCCAAGAGAAAAAAUCCACCGAAUGAAAGAACGGUAUGAACACGAUGUUACCUUUCACAGUGUCCUUCAUGCAGAAAAGCCAAGCAGAGCGAACAGAAACCAGGACAGGAACAGCGCGCCUUCCAGUGGCUCUGGGUACUGGAGCACCUACACAGAGCUCCCCAACCGAAGGGCUCAUGGCGGCUUCUCCAAUGAGAGCUUCAGAAGGGGUGGUUGUCACCAUGGAUAUUAGCUGUCUGUGCACAGCCACUGCAGAAUUUUCCUAAAGAAGUUUUUACUUCAAUUUUUGGUAUUUAUUCUUUGUUCAGUUUUAGCCAGAGCUCUAAUUCCAAUGUAAAUAGCCAAGCCCAGAAAUUUCUGAACAGAGGUCAUUAUAUUCAUUAUCUCCAACAAGCGAUGUCAGAAUGGCCCAUAUGGCUUGAUGAUGGGGAUUCUGCUGAGGGCUCAAAGGUCUUUCUCUAGAGAAAGAGCUAAUUUGAAACUGAAAUCCAAGAUUAUCAAUUAGUUGCAGUGUCAUAAACAAAGUGUUCCUAGCACAUCUCUGGGCUACAGUACCACUGCCUUUGCCAGAUCCAUCUUCUCCAUAAAGCUGGAGCGUGAGGGGGGGCGGACGCAGAGGCGGGAAGCAGUAGGAAGUGCCCUUGCUACUCUGACCGUCUGCAUCCAGAGACCAGAACCAUCACUCUAAUGGCACUGAUUUUCUUUUAGACUUAAUGCACAGAAGGGGAUGUUGUCCUUCAGGGUACCAUUAGGGGACUUUUCCCCUUAUUUUAAAGAUGUGUCACUGUUAAACACGCCUAUGAAUUCUCAGUACUAGGCCCCUAAGGAGAAUGAGUACCAUUACAGUCAGACCCUGCUGCGCUCAGCAGCGUCAGCGGAACCAACCCCCCUCCCUCCUCCAGCUUGUAGUCCAACAAUGUAAAUAACCUGCUUUUGCAAAACAUCAGUUUUAAAGAGUCAUCAAGUGAUUCCUGAAAUGAUGCCUCUAACAUGUGAUUAGUUAGCCACCCGGAUGUUUGGGUUGGGAGUGCAAAGCAAUGAAGCAGCCAGAGUUUAGGUCAUACAAGGAAAUGUGAAAGUCAUGCUCAUUGAGAUCAGCAGGGUAUGUAUGUCAUGUGGAGUGCCCCUCAGAUCAGUUAUGAAUUUAUGAGUUCAAAUUAAAUCCCAGCAGGCUGGAAUCAGAUUCAUUUGGUACGAGAUUGUGAGAAGACCAUGUGGAAUGUAUGGUCUAUUUAUUUUUUGGCCAAUAGCUUCUUUCUAAUGUUUUGUGAGAUAUUAUUUUAAGUGUCUUAUAUAAUGGUGCUUUUAUGGUUAUUAAAAUUGUAUAUGGUAUUGCAUUUA